AUGUUAGCACUCCAACAGUUUGGCGUCCAUGGCCCCGCACACCAGAACAGUUUUCCUGGCUCACUCAACAUUGCUUCCUCCUCCGCUCCAGCCGACCCACCUGCUUCAUCCAUUGCUCUGGCGCCACCAGUACGAUCAACUCCUACGUCUGUUCCCCCUGCCACAAAACCCCCAUCUUUGCAUCAAUUGGCAUCAAUCACGGAUAGCAAUGAAGAAAAGAAACUUGAUGCCAAUGUUAAUGAUGAACUCCCUGAUAUCCUGGUCCCGAUCAAGUCAUCAGAGGUCACUCCAGAUCUCAGUCCACCAGCGGUCCCAAUUGAAUCAUCAGAGGUCACUCCAGCUCUCAGUCCACCAGCGGUCCCGAUUGAAUCAUCAGAGGUCACUCCAGCUCUCCGCUCAGAUAUUUUCAAGCCUCCAGUUCAUCCAAGAGACCCCAGAAGCUUUGUGAUAACUGAUCUCAACAGCUAUAACUACAAAACAGGUGGUAAGCCAACUUCCUCUGCUUCACAAACCGCUUCAUUCCAAACUUAA